GCUGUGCUCUCUCCAGCAAUACCAUGUCACUCUCCGUGCGCCCCUCUGAGCUACCCCAGCGGCUCUCUUCCCAGAUGGAGGCAUCAAGCAGAGCCAGGGGCAUGUCUGCUUCCAGUGUUGGCAGUGGCUGUGGGGGAAGCGCCUUGGGCUUUGGUGGUAACUGUGGAGGAGGCUUUUCUGCUGCUUCCAUGUUUGGUUCUAGCUCUGGCUUUGGUGGGGCCUCUGGGAGUUCACUCAUAGGAGGACUGAGCACAGCUUACGGGGGAGCCCUGGGUGGCGGCUUUGGUGGUCUGGGAAUAGGGCUUGGGGGAAGCCCAGGCAGUUGCUCUCUAGGCAUUCUCUCUGGUAGUGAUGGAGGCCUUCUCUCUGGAUCGGAAAAGGAAACCAUGCAAAAUCUGAAUGACAGAUUGGCUUCAUAUCUGGAUAAGGUUCGAGCUCUGGAAGAAGCUAAUACUGAACUGGAAAACAAAAUUCGAGAGUGGUAUGAAGCACGAGGAUCUGGGACUGGAGACCCUGAGUUGCAGAAUGAUUACAGUAAAUAUUAUCCAUUGAUUGAAGAGCUCAGAAAUAAGAUCAUUUCAGCCACCAUUGGAAAUGCCCAGAUCAUUUUACAGAUUGACAAUGCAAGACUGGCUGCCGAAGACUUCAGAAUGAAGUAUGAGAAUGAGUUGGCCCUGCACCAGAGCGUGGAGGCCGACAUCAACGGCCUGCGCAGGGUGCUGGAUGAGCUGACCCUGGCUAGAGCCAACCUGGAGAUGCAGAUCGAGAGCCUGAAUGAGGAGCUGGCCUACAUGAAGAAGAACCACGAGGAGGAACUCCAAAGUUUUCAGGCUGGGGGCCCAGGCCAGGUGAGCGUGGAGAUGGACGCCACCCCAGGAGUGGACCUCACCAAGCUUCUCAACGAGAUGAGGGCUCAGUAUGAGACCAUGGCUGCACAGAAUCGCAAGGACGCUGAAGCCUGGUUCAUUGAAAAGAGCGGGGAGCUCAGGAAGGAGAUCAGCACCAAUACCGAGCAGCUUCAGUCCAGCAAGAACGAGAUUACCGACCUGAGGCGAGCCUUUCAAAACUUGGAGAUUGAGCUGCAGUCCCAGCUGGCCAUGAAGCAAUCCCUGGAGGGCUCCUUGGCUGAAGCCGAAGGUGACUACUGCCACCAGCUGUCCCAGGUACAGCAGCUCAUCAGCAGCCUGGAGGAGCAGCUGCUCCAGGUGCGCAGUGACACUGAGCGCCAGAAUGCAGACCACCAGCGGCUGCUAAAUGCCAAGGCCCGCCUGGAGCUGGAGAUAGAGACCUACCGCCAACUGCUGGAUGGCGACGUCCAAAGUGGUGGCAUUGAUGAAAGUUCAUCUAUGGCAGGAUCCAGAUCUCAAGCACAGUCAAUCGAUUCCUCUAAAGAUCCAACCAAAACCCGAAAAAUCAAGACGGUUGUGCAAGAGGUCGUGAAUGGUGAAGUAGUUUCAUCCCAAGUUCAAGAAAUUGAAGAACUGAUAUAAAAUUUCAUAAAAUCCAACCCAUGAUUGGUUCCCUAAGAACUUAGAAGUAGAAAGUAUUUCCUUUCAGAUUAAGAUGCUAUACUAGUUUAAUCUCUGUUUUAAUAUGUUUCAUGUUCCUUGUAUUUCUACUCACUUUGAGUUCAUUUAUAUUUCAGAAACAAUAUUGAGUUACAAGUCAUUUGAACAGUUUGGCCUUUAGAGCAAAUCAAAAUUGUCUUAUGUUUUUUGAGAAUUGGGGUAGUCUUUCAAUAAACUUUCAUCUUAUGACCAGC